AUGGGAGAUCAAAUAACUGUAGCAGAUGUUCAUGUAAAUGAUGAAACUCCCGGAAAAGAUAUUUCAAAUGAAGAGAAACCCAUAGAUGAAACGGCGAACACUGUUUAUGACCAUGCCAUCAUUCAAGAAACAUUUUCUAAUAAAAGCCAAAAUCAUUGUAUUGGUACCAUUGACGAUGAAGUUAGCGAGAAUGGAGUUCAACCGGAGAGUCAGAGCAGUUUGGAUAGUAGCGACGAAGAUGAAGAUGAAGAUGAAGAUGAAGAUGAAGAUGAAGAUGAGGAUGAAGAUGAAGAUGAAGAUGAAGAUGAAGAUGAAGAUGAAGAUGAAGAUGAAGAUGAAGAUGAAGAUGAAGAUGAAGAUGAAGAUGAAGAUGAGAGCGAUGAUAAUGAUGAACCUCCGUUAUUGAAAUAUACAAGAAUAACCGAACUGCCGAGUAGCUUGUUUGCUAGGGACUCCAUAUCUGCAUGUCUAUUUCAUGAUGAUUUCUUCAUAUUUGGAACUCACUCUGGGCUUCUCAUUCUGACCAAGACUGAUUUUACGAAAACUCAUACUGUUAAAUGUCACAGAUCAUCAAUUCUGUCCAUACAUAGUGAAGGGACAUAUUUUGCUACUGCCUCGAUAGAUGGUACUGUCGUUAUUGGACUGGUCUCCGAUCCUACUAAUGUAACGGCGUUUGAUUUCAAAAGACCUGUCCAAGCAGUGGUAUUAGACAACGACUAUAAAACAUCUAAAACAUUCGUAUCAGGUGGAAUGGCUGGUGAAGUUAUUCUUUCUCAAAGAAAUUGGUUAGGUAAUAGAGUAGAUGUUGUCCUGGCAAAGGGCCGAGGUCCUAUUGUUGGGAUUUAUACUAUGGACGACAUUAUAUUCUGGAUGAACGACGAUGGUAUCACGUUCUGUGGAAUAAACUCAAAAACACAACUUCUAAACAUCCCCUUUCCACAAAAUGGGGCAACGGAGACAAGACCUGAUUUAUAUCGUCCGCACGUUCACUUGCCAGAAGUUGACCGAAUCGUUGUUGCUUGGGGUGAGUAUAUAUGGAUGUUCAAGGUGUCCUUAGCGAAAACUUCGGGACAAGGCAUGAAUUUUGGUUCCAUUCUUUCAAGUGCAGCAUCUAGUCUUCGGGCAGUUCCUGAUAGAAAAGUUGAUUUGGAACAUCAUUUUUCAAUAAAAAUGCACAUUGCGGGCAUUUCAUCGUUUAAAGAUGAUCAAUUGAUGUGUCUAGGCUUCUCUGAAUCGAAAGACACACCAAAAAAUAUGCCUGAGAUCAAGAUUAUAGAUGUAUUCUCCGGAAAUGAUGUAUAUAACGAUGAAAUUGUAUUCAAGAACUAUGAAAGUUUAACAUUGAACGACUAUCACCUUGGCAAACAUAUUGAUAACUCAUCUCCAGAAUAUUUUCUAAUUAGUGCCAGCGACGCCAUUCGAAUUCAAGUAUUGACAUUAGAAGACCAUUAUAAAUGGUAUAUCGCGAAUGGGCAAUAUUUACAAGCAUGGCAAAUUGGUAAGUAUGUGGUCAAUGAUUACACCAGAUUAGACACAGGUCUCACCGGUAUUGAAAAACUCAUAGAUAGGAACCAGUGGGAUGAUGCAGCAUCAAAUCUAGUAUUAAUUAUCACUAGUACGACUUUAAAUGUUGACCGAAAAUUUUGCAAAUAUGCUGUAGAUAAGUGGGAAACAAUUCUCGCAAGAAUUAUAGACUCCGGCAAUGUUGGUUCAAUCGCGCAUAGACUUCCGUUGAAACCUGAAUUCAAUAAAGGCAUUUAUGAUAAGGCUCUUGAUUUUUAUCUCGAUAAAGCUGAUUUGAAGGAUUUCGAUAUAUUAAUAAAGAAGUGGCCGUCAAGAUAUUUUUCAGUUAAACAUUUUGAAGAUGAAUUGGAAGAAAAAAUCGAGAAUCAUGAUACGUACGAAAUUUCAUAUAGGGAAGCAAUUAUCUUUUUCUAUCUUUCAGAAAAUCGAUAUUCAAAGGCAAUUCCCCAUAUGCUCGCAACAAAAGAUUUAAGAGUUUUUGAUUUGUUACUAUCUCAUGGUUUAAUUUCUCAAUUCAGAAAUCAAAUUGUUCAAAUCGUAUUGUUGCCAUAUAAUGAUGAGUUAGAAUUAUUGCCUGACCUACCUAUCGGUAAGCUAAGAGAAGUCUUUCACAAACCAAUAAAUUUACUUGUGCAAAAUCGUCAUAAUCUGAAACCAAACGAUAUAUUGGCCUUGUUCUCAGAACACGGUUACUUACUACCGAUCCUUUUUCUAUAUCUGGAACAAAUCUCAUUGGCAGAUCCAAUCGCAUGUGCUCCAUUUGAAAACAAUCUAAUAGAGUUGUACGCGAGGUUCAACAAAGUAGCGCUGCUGCAAUUUCUAAAAACCAAAUCUAAUUACGAUGUUGAAGAGGCAAUAGAAUUUUGCUCGAAAGAGGAGGGCUUAUCUAAUGAGCUCAUCUACUUAUGGGGAAAGAUUGGUGAAAAUAAAAAAGCACUUUCUUUGAUCAUUGACGAUUUAAAUGAUCCACAUCUUGCUAUAGAGUUUGUGAAAAACUGGGGAGACUCUGACCUAUGGGAAUUCAUGAUUGGUUACAGUAUGGACAAACCGAAAUUUGUGAAAGCUUUGCUAGAUUCUCCUGAUGAGUUCGGAAAAGCAUAUCUUGAAGUUAUUAGGGCAAUGCCUGAUAACAUGGAGGUUGAUGGUUUGCAGCAGACUUUGAGCAGGAUUUCUAAGGAUAAUGUCUUAAACCUACUUGUUCGUAUGAAUAUAUUGAAAAUAGUCGAUGAUGAGACUGGGGAUAUAUGCGAUGGUUUUCUCAAAAUUAGAACUAUGGGAAAAGUAUUUAACAUUGAUGAUAAAUAG